AUGCGUCAACCCUGCUUCCGAACACUUGAGCGUCUGGAAACACCCACGGCCCAUGUGUAUGCACACGGCACGUCGUGCCCAUUCCUCGGUGUGCUUGCAGUCCCGACUGACGAGAACAGCCCCACGCCCGCUGCAGAUGCACCUGCUGCUAGUCCUGAAGCUGAUAAGCCUGCAGCCACACCUACCACGGCGCCUGCCGCGGCGCCUGUCGUGGUGCCCGCUGCAGUGCCUGGUACGGUGCCUGACGUGGCGCCUGCAGCUAAGCCUGCAGCUACGCCGGCGGAUGCCACUGCAGCCAAGCCCGCCGCGGCAAGUGAUGCUGCGCCCAAGUCAGCGUCUCCAGCCGCAGCACCUGCAGCAGCGCAUACCGUGGCGCCUGAAGCCGCUCCUGCACCUCCUGCCGCGGCCGUCACGGUACCCGCUGCAGCUAGGCCUGCAGGUGCAUCAUCUCCGGAUGAUGAUAGCGGGGUCGGCGGCAGCAGCAGGAACAACAACAACAACAACAACAAUAAUACCAGCAGGAAUGCAGCAACGGUGAGCGGCAGUGGGAGAGGUAGCGGUGGUGGCGAUGCUGGCAUCGGGAGCGAGCCAACGUCGGAAGUAACAGACCAUCGCAUGGCGAGAGGGAGCCCCCAGAAGGCCCCCAAGGACCCGCAGCAGGUCGCCAAGGUGAAGGCGAUGCUGAAGGACCCCAAGUCCACGAAGCCAGACGACGUCCUGGACGAGCUAGAUAAGAACGGAGACGGGAAGCUGGACAAAUCGGAGGUUGCGGAUCUGUUGGACCUCAUAGUGGGUCUGCGAGCGCAGUCAGCCUUCUUCAAGACAUUGGUACUUGUGCAGGCUAUAGCUUUAUUGGUAUUGCUUGCUGCACUCGCUGGCAUGGCCGCAGCCAUCGUUUACUUUGCAAAGGACACAAAGCUUAAUGGCGGUACUCUGGUCGACAAGAAAACGGGCAACCCGGUGCUGGUAUAUAGUGCGGACUUCCUGGUUACACCGUCAGGGGUUCUGGUCAGCCGCAGCUCUACUGCCGACUCAUCAUCAUCGUCAUCAUCCGGCAGCGGGGUAGCAGUAACGGCCAGCAACACGUCAGCACCGCCGCCCCCAGUAACCUCCCAAGCACCGCCGCCGCCCGCAGCCACCUCACCUGCUCCUGCAACCGGCCGGCGAAGUCGCACCCUAUUUGAAGAGCUCAUGUACCCCGACGAGCGCGAGCAACCCGGCUAUCAGGAGCCACUGCCACAACAUAAGGGCGUUGGCGAGCCGCAUUGGCCCCAGCAGCAGCAGCAGCACCGUGCCCAGGAAGGAACUGGCGGGGGCUCGUCGUCCGCAGCUUUAUCGUCGGAAACGAAAGCCUCCACAUCGCCAUCCAAAAUGUCACGCAGCAGCGGCGGCAGAGCUUUCUCCCGCAUACUGCAGCAGCAACAGCCGCCACUGCCACCGCAGCCGCCGGGAGGGCAGCAGUCGCCACAGCCACAGCCGCCUCAACAGUCGCCGCCAUUACCAGCGCCACCAUCUACCCCGUCUGCUCCAUCUACACCACCUCCUGCUCCAUCUCCCCAACAAUCCCAAUCUCCACCUCCAGCCAGCCCACCGUCCCCACUGCCAUCACCUCCCCCACCUACCCCAUCUCCAACUGCCGCCCAGCCUAUGAACAGUACCAGCAACAGCACAAGCAGCAACGACACUGCGGCUAGUGCUGCGGCUGAGGCAGCUCUACAGUCGGCUCUGGGAACUGUUCCCUCGGGCGCCGUACCGCUGUCUACCUCUGCCAGCACUGUGGCCAUGGGGCUUCACUCCGCUCUGCCCAUGUCGGUACUCAAGGAGCUCAGGUACAUCCAGGCAUGUGCUCUGCUGAGCGUUUGUAUACAUGUGCUUGUUUUCCUUCGUAAUCUUGUUAUGUUCACGUGCGUGCGCUUCAUCGAGGGGAUUAACUCGAGCAGCACGGGCGCAGACCUGAACCUGUUCGUGCUGGCAGUUGCCAAGCUGCCUGCCCAGCUGGAGGAGGGCGCGCCGUACAGCAGCUGUGAGGUGGUGCGAAUCGUCACCUAUAUCGGCACCGUGACGGUUCACGGAUCUGAACUCGAGUUCGGUCAGGAGGACAGUGUUGGGGAUGUCUUCCGGGAUGCAGGCUUCAUGGUGCGAGGAAGCGGCCGCAGACGGAUGCUGAGCGAUUCGUACGGUAUUACCGGGCACUUCAAUUUCAUUAAGGACAUCGAGAUUGUCAAUGUGCCGCCCGGCGAGCCGAAGCCCAAUAUCGCACCUAUCUACCAAAUGAAGAUGCGAAUUUACGACGAGUGCCCCAAGCUGCCGGAUAGCAGCGGCACGGCAGCCGAGGCCGAUGGCUGCUUGGACCCCGACACGGGCCUGGACCGGCCAGGCACUGUUGUGCUGGACGGAGUGCGCUACAUGACAACGAUUCAGACAGUUACUCGGCAGAACGAUGUAGUGCUCACAACGACGGAGUACCCGAACUAUGGCCCGAACCUGGUUCGCAAGGAGCUCAUGAACGAGACAUCAGGCGAAAUCUUCGUGUGGCAAGAAUUAUUCCAGGCUACCCGAGUCACUCACUGCGAAUACCUGAGUGGUUCUGCCGGGGAUGGGGACUCCCUCCGCUCACUCAUCAGUGAAUCUAUUCGUUCAUUUAAAUUCCUCGGUUACGAGUUGAAGCGGGGAGUGCCAGCCCGCCACUUCCGACUUACCACUCGGCAGCCCGUAUUGCGGGAACGUGACGCCGGCAGCAGCAAUGCCUUGGAGAACGGCAGCAUAGAGUACGACAUGAAGCUGGUCGACGUUGACUUCUGGGAUACGUCGGACAUCGGCAGCGUCUGUUCAAUUGCGAGAAACAACUAUCCUGUGGCGUUCGAGAUGGUUCAUCCGGUGGCUGGAAACUCCAAGAUCCACGUCAUGAGCUUUCGAGCUGGUAUCUUGCAGCCAGAGGACGAGUUGGCCGUACCCGCGAGCUUCAACGAUACGGACAGCCCCCGAGGCUGUCCUGGACCGCGUUUCACCAGCGUGCCCACGAUGACAAGCCCCUUUGGACCGGUCUGGGAGGCGCCGCCUGAGGAUCAGCUGGACUCCGUGCUUUUCACUUCCUACACCAAGGUUAUUGCUGAUCCAAAUGACCCCGAUAUUUUCCCCGGCCUUGUGGAGGCCUCAAACAAGGAUUAUCCGCCUUCGUCCCCCUGCACUGCCACCACCGCCAAGUCCACCAAGCCCUAUGCCACCUUCACCAUCACCCCCAUCACCCCCACCAUCACCUCCAUCGCCACCCCGGCCACCGCCGUCACCGCCACCGCCGCCACCCCCACCCCCCGGGCCGCCGUCUCCUCCGCCGCCACCACCGAAGCCACCACCUCCACCUUCUCUGAUUGCAUUACUACCAGUCGCAGGAGCAGGCACCAGCAGCGUGCAGCUCGGUCAGAGGCGCACGGCCUUGGCGAGGUCCUCAGGGGUGUACUCCGUUGGGCGGAUGGCCGCAUCGCCCUCACAAGCGUCACUAAAUGCCGCAGCAGACGCACGGGCAACAGCGACACCCUAAGUGCGCUAGGCAUCACCGCUGCGGACCUUACUUCUAUGCUGGCGGCGGGGACGGUAUCGAAAUCGGAUUCGGAGGCGAAGGUAGAAGAGGAUUUCGCACCGGGCAAGGGCCGCAACCGGGCCCUCCUGCGCCAUACCCGCAAUUACACACUGUCGAAUGUUUGCGGAGUCUCCUUCUCGUCCGACGACCAGGAUGCGCGCUUUAGCUACAACAUCGAUUGCGGAGGCCGCCUUUCUUGGCCCCCCAAUGCAGAUGUGACGGGUCAAAUGGCGGUCCAGCUGAACCUCACCAGGAAGACUUCCACAGUGGAGAUACGAGCGUGCCAAAUUGCUGGCUGCAUCAACGUUACAGUGGACAUCAGGCAGAUGCUGCAGAAUAUAACGGGAACGGGUUUGGCGAACUUGUUAGCGAGCUACGGCAUCUCUCCCUCACUCAACCUCGAGGGAAUCUGCGCCUCGUAUGACAGCAUGGACAAAAUGGGCGUCCUUUCCAGUACCAUGAAGGUUCCCAACAAUAAUAAUGUUGCAUGGCUUCUGUGGCAGCUUCGCUUUGAAACAGAUUUUGAGGUGCGCAAAAAGCUAUUGCGCCGCAUGUACGCUCCUAUAUGUUUUGAGCGUGUUAGAUGGAUAACGGCCGUUUUAUUUCUUCACCCUGUCUUGUGUUUCGUCCCCUUGCGGUGCAUCAGAGUGCAUGAAUCUCAUUGGUUCACGUCCCAGGGAAGUGCUAGUACCUUUUGGCAGCCGGAUGACCAGCUGUGA